UUUACAAUUCACUUCCGGUCAAAAAAACAAAAACAGAAUAUCGUGUUAAUUUCGUUUUUGUUACUUUUCUUUGGAAGAAAUGGAUUAUUUUCUUGUGUCAUUAGAAAAACAGCAUCUUUGACAAUUAUGAGACAUGGAGUCAUUGUUAGAUGAAGUGGACUCCCUAAUUACUCCAGGGCUUUCAACAGACACCCCUGAAUGGUGCAGUAACUGUCAGUCACUGAAACAGGAGAUAAAGCGAUUACAAGAUGAACAAAUACAGAACUUUGGAAAGUUGAAGCAGAAAAUAAUUUCAACAGAUUUGUUGAUCAAGAAAUACAAGUCCAAGUGUGAUGAUUAUGAUGUUCAAUGCAAGAGAAAUGAAGAGGCAAACAAGAGAGCAGACAAAUAUCAGAGGCAGUGUGAGAUUUUGGAGACCCAGCUUAAGGCAGCUUUACUCGAUACUGAACCAUUGAGGAAGACAAAGAUUACUCUAGAGGCAGAAAUCAGAUUGAAAAAUGCUGAACUGCAGUCAAUGUCGGACAGAAUGCUGGCUGUUGAGAGUGCGCAGAAACAGUAUGAGCAUCUUUCAAAAGCUAGCUCCCAUGAUGUUGAUAAACUAGAAGCUGAAAAAAAAGAUCUGUUGGCAAAAAUCAAAUCUAUGGAAGCAGGGAAAUUAACAAAAGAAGCUGCUAAAGAAUUCAAGCAUGAAAUCAGUAGCUUGAAGAGGGAGAAGGCAGCAAUGUUGAAGAAUGAGAAAAGACUGGAGAGUAAACUGUCUGGAGCUCUGACAAGGAUUGAACAUCUUACAACUGUACUCAAAGAAAGAAAGUUCAGUCCCAAGCGACGUAGAAGAACAUCAUCAGGAAAUAUAUCAAGUCCCCUGAAGUCUCCAACUCGCAGCCCAAGAGGUCACAGUCCUCGUGACUAUAGACCAUCUCCUAUUGGUCGAAGACGUUCAAGGACAUUAUCUGAAAGGCAGUCUGAAUCUCAGAAUAUAGACGUUAUUUCUUCACCUCAUGGGAAAGAGAAGCUUGAACCAGGAAGUGCAAGCAGUUCAGAGGACUCUGAUGAUUGUAAGAGUUUGUGUAGUGUGUCCUGGACAUUUAGUCCACUCAUGAAGUGUUUGUCACCACUACCACCAUCACCAGCAUGCUUUGCAGAAAGGAAGAUAAAGAGACAAAAGGACAGUGUAGAGAUGGAUGAUGAAGGUGAAGUCUCUGAUAUAGCUGAUGUACUGGAACAACAGUUAUUAGAAGAUGAUGCUCAACAACAGAUAAUAUUAACAGGUAAAGAAACAGAAGAAAAGAUAACUGAAAAUGUGAACAACACAGAUGAAGAAACUUUGGGAAAGUAUAAAGAUGAGCAAAUAGUUAAAGACUCUACAGAUGUUUCAAAAACUUUUGGAGAAAUUAUUAAUGUUAAUGAUCUUGAAACUUUGAAACCUAAAGCAAAAGUUGAGAAUGGGGGCAAACAGGAUAAAAACUGUAAUCCUGUUAAAGUGACAGAUGCAUUCUCUGCAGAAGGAGAUAGAGAUGGUCAGCAGUCUUUAAAAGAAAAGCUAGCUGAAAGUAUUGUCAUUACAUCACCAACUGCUUUAAGAAAGCGAACUGCUCACCAACCGAGCCAGAACAAAAUAAAUGACAAAAACGUAGACAUGGAUUCGGAUAAAAACACAAAAAGCUUGACUGGUGUUUCUGUGAGUCUUGAAAGAAAUUCUGAUAGGAAAAUAAAGAAACCUCUAGUGAGAAGAAGUGCCAGAAUAAACAGUCAGAAAGAUAAUGAAGCUAGUGACCAAGUCUGUGAUACAAUUGAAAAACAGGAUACUGAUAAACAAGUAGAAGAAAGGUGUAAUGAUAAUGUAAGAACUUCUGAUAAUGCUUCUAAUUCAAGUAGAAAUGAUAGUGAUAUACCAGAAUGUGAUAGGUUAGAGAGAAACGAUACUGAGGAAUUUACACCAGUAUUUUCUGAAACAUUAUCUGAUUCUGAAGUAGAAGCUGAAACCAAAAGUAUUGUAAAAAAUAUGUCAAACACUGGGGAGGGUGACGACAUUCAGGCUGAUAUGAGAUUAGGUAAUAACUUUACCAACAGUUCUAGUCAAAAUAUUACAAAUAAUACUGGAACAAAUGUGGAUGAAAAUGUAAGCAAAAGUGACACCCAAAGUAUAAGGCAUUGUGUUAAAACCAGUUCUAAUGAAAUAAAAGCAGAUGGCACUGAGGAACACAUAGAGAUUUGGAAGGAGAAAGAAACAAUUGAAGUAAAACCUGUCCCGACUCCCAAAUCUUGUCUACAAAAGCAAGAAGCAGUGGAUACAGGAGGCAAAGUAACUACACUGCAUAAAGAUAUUGAAGCUCUGAAAUGCAAAGCAGUUAAUGAAACCUCCAGUAAAAGUCAUCUGAAAAAGUUUGGACACAAUAAGUUUAUUAAUUUUCAGAAGUCUUCAUCAGGAACAUUGUCUAAUGAAAUUGAAGACUUUAGUUAUGUCGGUGAUUAUGAUGUUCUUGAUAGAUCUGACAAAGACACCAAAAAGUUUUCUCCUAAAGCAGGAGGAAUGCACACAAAAAAUGUAAAACGAAGACUGAAAAGGACUUGUAAGUACAGAGACCUUGACUCAGAAAUUAAUACUGAAAAUAAAGAAGUUAUAUCUAACAUAAGAAAUGAGCAGGUUGACAGCAAAAAAGUACUACACAAAAAUGAAGAACAAGUUUUGGAAUCUUGUAACUCUAAUGAAAACAGUGACAGUAAGAAAAAGGGAUUUAUUAGAGAAAACCCUCUAAAUGUUUCAAAUGGUAUAAAAUCAACUAUUAAAUCUGACAAAACAGCAUCAAAACCUUUGUCACAAAGAACUAACAGUGAGGAACAAGAGCAGGAAUCAAAAUCAGUUUGUACAGCAGAAAUGAGUAUAAAUGGUUCCAUUCAAAGUAGUGUUAACACAAGUGUUGAUGGAAAUAAAAAUGGGGAAGCUAUGUUAAAAGAGGCAGAUCAAAAUCAAGUUGGACAUAGUGUUAGUGUUAAAGAAUCAGCGCUUGAAGAUAAGUGUGAUAAUUCAGGUGAACGAACUCGAUCAGAACUUGACAGUUCAGGUAACUGCAGUGAAAAAGUGACUCCAAAUAGACAGAUGAGCACUGGUUUUACAGUCAAUGCUUCAAGCUUUGAGAGAGCCCCAAGUACUGAUAGUGCAGUGUCCUUUAGGAACUCUCCAUCAAGACUGUUUCACUUAGAAUCAGGAACCUGUGGUACUAUUGUUGAGGAGGAUAUUGGAGAAGACUUUGAUAAAGGUGACAAUGGUGAAGAAAGUGUUGCCAAAAUUAAUAGUGAUGCAAAUUUUGUAUUUGGAGUUGAGGAUUUAUUAGAUGUUAGGAAAGAGGUAUCACCACCUGUCAGCCAACAUUUGGUGAAUGCUCAAAAUGUUGCUAAACCAUUCUGUGAUAUAAAUGCAAAUACUGACAAUAACUCUAAGACUCAGAAAGUAGAUAAAACUAUUUCAAAACUUGGCACUGAUACUCAUUCAGUAUCUAAGGUUACAUUCGAAGAGGAACAAAACAAAGCAGGAUGCUCAUAUCAUUAUGUUGAACCACCUGAUCAUUUAUCACCACACAGGGUAGUCAAGGAUACUGGUGCUGAAAAAGAUGCUCUCUAUGACGAAAGGAUACCUUUUUUAUCCAAAACAUUGCAUCAAGAUGAUUCAUCUUCCAGAUCUUCAGUUCAAAGUAUUACUUCAUUUGAUAGGGCAUCACCUUUAUCACCUCUUUCCAUAUCACCAUUUGAUUUCUUAAACCCAAUUUCACCUCUUCCGCCUUCGCCAAUAAGGGAUAUAGAAAGAGUGUCUCCUCUUUCACCUGAACAUACGAGUGAUGAACAAAAACUGAAGUUAGGUGAUGACAAAGCUUAUGACAUUGAAAAUAAUGAAGAAGACAUUCAUGAAAGUAUUUUGAGAACUGAUACUGAUGCUAAUUCUGCAAAUUCAACAGAUAUUGAGAAGCAAGCAUUGACAUUGGAAAAUACCAGCAUUUCUCAAAUUGAAGUGAAUUCUUUUGAAAGCAAAAAUGAAAAUGAAGAUAUGUUUAAAACAAAAAAGGAUGAUUCUUUUAAUGUUUGUGAUAAGGUGAAAAAUUCAAAAAGAAAAGAAAAUCGAAAGAAGUUAGAAAAAGUGCAAGAUAUUCCCAAAAUGAAUGCAAACUGUGAUGUGGACAGUUUAAAACUGUUCAAUAUACCACUUAUGAUAAGUCCUGUAAAAACUCCUAAAAGUCAUUCCAAAGUGAAAAAUGAACAAGUAAAAAUUUCAAAAAGUAUAAAUGAAUUAAGAAUGAAAAAUGAAGUCAAAACUGAAAAAUCUAGUGUUAUGGAAGUUAAUGAGGAAAACUGCUUCAACCAGCCCAAACAGUUUCUGACUGAAGCACCUGAAAGUGCAGUAGCAGUUAAACCAAGACCAGCAAGAGGAAGGACAUCUUUAGAUAAAUCAAAUAUAGAAAUGUGUAUAAGAAAGUCUAGUAGAACUGCAUUAAAAAGGAUUUCGUCUACAGACAAAAUAGAUCCAAGUAAGGCAAAGAAAGUUUCAGUUGAUGCUAAGGGUACUGCUGUAGGAAACACACCAGGUUGUGAAUUAGAAUCAGAUGAAAUAGAUCUUAAAACUGUUAAUGAUACAAGUAAUGAAAUAACAAAAGCUUCAGAUAGAGCAACAGAUAUUGUAGAAAUGUUACCAAAAAGGAUUGAAGAUUCAGAUGAAAUUAGAAACAAAGAAAGUAUUGUAGAAAAGAUUGAUGAGAAAGGAGACAGCAAGGUGGAUAUUGAAGAGUGUCCUCAAAGUCAUGAUAACUUGGCAUUCAAGAGAAAGGCCAGAGUGGCACAUAAACCUAAUAUACAGCCACUGAAACCACAUAAGAUCCAGAUUAUAGACGCCCCAGUAUUACCUCCAGUUACAGUAGGCAGAAAGAGAAAAAGUCUAGAUAACACCAAAGAGGCACAGGACAAGAAACAUUGUAAGGAGAGUGCAUUCAAGAAACAGAAGUCUUCCACCCCUGAUAGAGCUAUAAAUCCAGAAUCCACAAAGAAGAUGCAGACAUAUCUCAAGUCAUCUGAGACAGCUGGAAGUUUUGUGUCCAAAUUUUCAACGCAAGUCGAUAAAGAUGGGCUACAUUCUGAACUACUGAAUGUCUGUCUAGAGUGUUUGGGACGAGUUCAGACAGACACGCUGGAAGUGGUAUACAGAACAUGUGAAAAUGGCCGGUACCUGACUAUUGUGGAUCAGUUUCCAUUCAUGAGUGAUGUUGACAAGAAAGCAGUAGAGUUGAUUCAGUAUUUAGGGACAGAACUGAAGACUGAUUUGACUGUUGUCAUGAGGAAAAUCUGGGACAGAAUAUUUAAUCGUGAUGUCUCAACAAGUAUGGUUGGAAAAAUGGCACAAUGCAGAGUGUUUGUGGCACUUUGCUCUCUCCAAGGAGAUGUGGAGCAAGCAAGAACCCUGUUCUACCAUCUUGUCACCUGUGGUCACUUGAAUUGCACACUGUUUAUAGUGUCAGUGGUCAGUGUGUGGCCAGAGGUCAUGAAGAAAGAUCUGUCUGACCGGCCAGACAAAGUGGCCAGUCAUGGUAUGACCCUGGUGCUGGAAGAAGUUAUUACAAAAAUGCUUCUUUCUCAAGGAUCAGAGGCCAACAACAAGAUUCUGAUGAUUCUACAGAAGUUAUGUUGCUGGUCAGGUAUCACAGGCAAUGCUGACUCCAUCAUUAAAAUCCUCUGCAGUAGAUUAAUGGCCAUUUUGGAUGAGGAAAAUACAGAUAAAUCAGGUGUGUUGGAGCUGACUAAGGCAUUAGAACUGCUGUGUACCAGUCAGAGCUGGCAGUGGUGUAAAGAACACUUCAUCAUGAGACAUGGUCUACAGACUGCAUCCAACAAAUAUUUAGCAGAGAAAAUCAUGAAACCAGUCCCUCCAGAAUAUGUGUGUGCAAUAUUGAGAAUGACUAGUCAAUGCAUGUUCGCUUUAGCAGCAUCAGUAAAAGAACGAGAAUAUCAGCAGAUCAUCAGAAACUGGCUGUUACCUGUUCUCAGACACAAACCAGGCAAUGCCAAGGUACGUCAAUGCUGUGUUGAGACUUUGCUAGAGUUGUCUCCCUUAUAUCCAUCAUGCUUGGACAGUAUACACAAAUGGUUUACAGAGGAGAAAGACAAUGUGUCACAUGAAUUUACAGCAAGAUUGGAAUAUUUAAGAAAUCAGUAUAAACAGAAGUUUGGACUACAGUGUAAACCAUUUUUUAAGACGUAGAUGUACUGAGCUGUUGUUAAUUGUUGGUAAUACAGGGUCUUGAGUGAAAUGUGCCACUUUUUAUCCCCCCCGCCAAAGGCGAAGGGGAUAUUAGUAAUGCUCUCCGUUCGUGCGUGCGUGCGUGCGUCCGCAACGAUCUUUGUCCGGAGCAUAACUCCAAAAGUACUGGAGGGAUUUUCUUCAAACUUCAUACACUGAUAGAACACAUUGGGAGGAAGUGCAGUGUGCAAGAACAAUAACUCUACCUUGCCUAUUUUUUUAGUUAUUCCCCUUUAUCUUAUUUUCUUAAAAAAUUUUGUCCGGAGCAUAACUCUAAAAGUACUGGAGGGAUUUUCUUCAGACUUCAUACACUGAUAGAACACAUUGGGAGGAAGUGCAGUGUGCAAGAACAAUAACUCUACCUUGCCUAUUUUUUGAGCUAUUCCCCUUUAUCUUAUUUUCUUAAAAAAUUUGUCCGUAGCAUAACUCCAAAAGUACUGGAGGGAUUUUCUUCAAACUUCAUACACUGAUAGAACACAUUGGGAGGAAGUGCAGUGUGCAAGAACAAUAACUCUACCUUGCCUAUUUUUUGAGUUAUUCCUCUUUAUCAUAUUUUCUUUAAAAAAAUUGUCCGGAGCAUUUCUUCUUCUUGCAUAGAGGGAUUUUGAUAUAACUUGGCACAAAUGUUCACCACCACGAGACAGAAUGUCAUGCGCAAGAUCCAGGUCCCUAGGUCUAAGGUCAAGGUCACACUGAGAAGCCAAAGGUCAGAUACAAGAAUGACAUUGUCCGAAGCAUUUCUUCUUCAUGCAUGGAGGGAUUUUGAUGUAACUUGGCACAAUUAUACACCAUCAUGAGAUGAAGUGUCAUGCGCAGUUCCCUUCUUUAGAAUUACCUCCCUUUGUUGUUACUUUAAAUAGCUUUUAUUGUAACUUUUUCAUUACUAGUCGUAGGGAAAAAUCGAGACAACUUUUCUGUAGUACAACAUGCAUGCUACAUCCAAUUUUGAGGUGUAUUUUGACCAAUCUCUACCUGGUAGAUUUUUUUGUGGACUUGCAAUUUUUUUUUUUUUUUUUUUUUUUUUAAGAUUAACUCCCCUUAGUUGUUACUAUAAAUAACUUAUAUUGUAACUUUUUUAUAAUUGACCAUAGGGAAAAAACAAGACCACUUUUCUGUGGUACAGCAUGGAUGCUACUUUCCAAUUUUACGUGUAUUUUAAGAUAUCUACCUGGUAAGGAGUUUUUUGUGGACUUAGAAAAACAAAAGACUUACAAUGAUUACUAAACAACCACAAAAUUAAAAUUACAUUUGCAAAUACAGCUGCUAGACUAAAGAAAUUUGCUGUGACGGGCAUAUAUUAUGACAUUCUGGCACUCGUGUUCCCUAUUAGCUUUCCAUUCCUUCUUUUUACAGUAGCCAUAUAGAAAAACAUCAUAGCUAUACUGUUCAUGAAAAUUAAUAAAAUUUAGUAGUAAACCACCUCACCACUGACUUAUUCUUUCUUUCACAUCUUUAAAACCCCUGAUGCGGACCACAACUAAAUGGUUCUUCAAAGCUUUCCCCAAAAUUAAUACCUUCAGACACUAACUUGCCAGGAACUUUAGCCUUCAAUUAUAAUAUGCCCGGCGGGGGGAUUGGCCAUGUCUAACAUGGCUCUUGUUUUUAAUGAUUUUGUUCUAUAUUAAAAGAGUCUGUCUCGUAAAAAGACAGAGUCAUGGUUUAUAUAAAUGGGAAUCUUUUUAAAUCAAUUGUAGUGUACAUCUUUGGAUUGUGUUUUGUUCCCAUUGGAAACACUUUGUUAUAUGUUGUUUACGAAUAUGCUGGAAUGUUGUGUAUAUCAUUGUUAUGUUGUGUUUACAAACAAAAUUUUUUGUGUAAAAAGUAGAUCUACACUUGUUACUUUUGAAAUGAAGUAGAUCCUAAUCUGUCGCAUCAAAUGCAAAUGAGAUUCAGAUCUUGACCAAAAUUGAAACUUACCCGUUAAUAUAGAUGAAAUGUUGUGAAAUGUUUAUUGAACAGUUAGUUUGCAUGUUAUAGGCAAUGAGGUACCCAUACCUACUAUUCAUACCAUAUUCCAUUCUUCAACAACAUCAUAAUUAUUGUUCAUCUGGAAAUUUAUAAGUUUAUAUUAGAUAUACAUCCUGUCAUCACCAUAUUUGUAUUAGGAUUUUUUAGCUGCUUGUUAUUAAUUUAAACCACUACAGUUAUACAAAUAAAUGUUUUUACAUAUUUGAGAUCUUAAACAA